ACGCCAUCCUUUCACUUUAAAAGGUAGCUCUCAGUGAUGUUAGGGGCUAAGUGGGUAAAGCUCUCAUACUUUCAGUAGAACAUUGUGAACAAUGAAGAAUAAUCAAUAAAUUUACCUCAGGAUUUACCACCGCCUUCACCAGUUUCAGGAGGAAUCUUAACACAAAAAUUACCAAAAGACAUGGAGGAAAGUGACAGUGCCUUGGGUUACAUUCUAUCCGGAAUGAUAUUCUACAUAUUUGGAUUGAAAUGGUGCUACGAAUACGCUAAAUUUUGGCCCCGUCAUCCUAGAGACCAAGACUCAGAGCGUGAAGUUUCCAAGCUUCUUCAAUUUUCUAAAUGGUGUCAAGGAUUCUUACGUCGACAUCCCUUGGAAGGGACUCUUAAACUUCUAGCAACUGCUUUAGGUUUGGCUAGUGCAUUGACGAGAAAUCUAUCAAACAUAACAACAGUCUCACCUAAAGUUGUACACGCAACAACGAUUUGCCUUUUUUUUGCCCUCUCCGGGCUGGUUGAUGUCUUAACUUUCUACUUCCCAAACGUAGUUGGAAAUGGUUUAGGAAAUAUGGCACUUGCUCAGAGCUUUUUUGUCGAAGGAUUGCUCUUCUUCUGGGCUACACCAUUUAACGGUGUAAUAAUUAUACUCGCAGGCAUUGUGUGGACAACUUCUCUCACCAUUGUUUUAGAAUUAGUUUGGCCUGAUAUGAAACUCCUUAGAGCUGCUUCCACACUUUUACAUGGGGGAUGGCUCGCUCACAUGGUGAGGUCGUACCACAUAACAGACAUAGAAUCAUCUGGUAGAAUUGCUCUCAUUUUUUCUUGGCAUCUUGCUGCUGCUUUUGUCGUAACUCUGUGCAUUGUUUCCAUCACGCGAAGCUGCGCUCCAAAAGUAAGACCAACCGAACCUCCGGAGAUACCAAUUUACGAUUAUUGCCACCUUAUGGAUCAUCACAGAGUGUAAAAGCCUUUCAUUUUCUUCAUACGAAUCUCCAGACCACAGCCAUUUGGUCAUGUUAUCCUUUUAAAUUACCUGAUAACUUUUUAUAGUAAUUCGUGAUAAAAUAACAAUAAUAUACUUAAUUAUUAAGAUCGAUAAAGAAGGAAUCUCUAGUGCCUUAAUUACUCGUAAUAUUGUAUUUAUACAUGAUAUAUUUUUUAAUGUUACUGUUCUUCAAUAGUAUUAAGUUACCGUUAAAAAAGAUAAUCAAGUAAUUUGAAAUAAAGACAAUUUUAUCUUUAAAUAAACUUUAUUUCCUUAUAAUUCCUUUAGAGCACAGCAAAUUGAAGCUUCGCAAAAAAAAAAAACAUGAAGGAAUUAAUAACAACUUGUGUCGAGAGAUUCUUUGGCUUUUCAAUCUGCGUACCUGCAGAUUAUUGGGCUGCCGAUUUUUCACGAUGAAAAAAUUUUUUCUAGGUACCUUGCGAG